AUGAAGCUCCUCCUCGCAUUCACCUGGGCGCUGCUCGCCAUCUCCUCCGUCACCUGCACCGACGCCAUCACGCCGGACGACCGUCUCACCGUCCUCCGUGCCCAGCUUGAUCGAUACGAAACCUCUCUCAUCCACGCCUUCCUCUCGCGUCUGGCACUUGGCGGCUCGGUGGUCGGCGAGACCGGAUGGACGGGCGACGUUCUUUUCAACCUUGCCACUCCGCAGCCUGACCCAUCUCUUGCUGCGUGGCUGAAGCGCGGUGGUUCAACCUUUGACGUUCGACCAUGGCCAGUUGGGACAGUGUACAAGACGCCGGUGGUGCUUCCGCGGGAUGCGAUUCUGGAUCAACCCGUGGUGGGCCAAGGCAUCUUCCCCAUCGGUCGUCGACCCCAGGAUCCGCCCACCGUGGCGCGAUUCUUCCAAGACACCUUCACGGAUCUUCCUAUCAACCACACGCUCGAUCCUGGAGCAGUAGCAUUGCUCGACGCAAGCCUUCUACGGCUCGCCUCAGCCCGCAUGUUGAUCGGCUACCAAGUCGGUCUGGCCAAAUUUGAGUGGCAGCACGAGACCUUCUGCGCCAUCUUCGCCAAUCGCAACCCGAGGAAGCGGAUACUGGAGCUGAUCGUGGACCACAAACAGGAGGUCAAAGUGCUCGGUCGCGUUCAAGAGAAAGCAAAGGCUUGGUCAAAGCUCUUCGCCGGCGAUGAGGGAUAUCCCGACGGUGCAGAGGCGGAGGUGCUCAGGCUCUUCCAGGCCUACCUCAUCCCCGUGACCACCGCGAUCGAGGUGCAGGCCAUCGAGGCCCAGGCAAGCCGCUGCUAG